UUGUGAAAUGCAUAACAUUUCUAUAUAUUCUGAUCCAUGGUAUAUUGUACCUUUUUGCCUGCCAAAUUCUAAAUCUAAUCUAGGUUUGCCACCUGAGAUAAGACUGACCCCUCCCACAAGAGAAAAAGUUAGUUUACAUUUAAAAAACCUCUUCCUCUAGGAGGAAGCUACAGAACUAAGGAACAAUCUCUUGACUGUUGUUUUUCUGUCCAAGGGUUGAUGAGAAAAAUGGAGAGUUACAAGGAGUACAUAGGACAUGACCUUUGUAAAGUGCCACUAUCAAAUAUUGCUCAAAGGAUUAUGUCAGCUAUGCAGUCUAUUCCUUUAGAGGAAGCUCAGAAUAGCAGAGAAGGUGAACAGAGUGAGUCGCGUACUGUUCACACAGCAUCUUCCCAGCUGACUGUGCCGGCUUUCCACAACAGAUGCACUCCUGCUUGGAGUACGUCAGAGCUGUUGGAUCUGCUAGGUCUGUGGGGAGAGGAGGCUGAGCAGUCUCUGCUUCACUCAAGCUGUAGGAAUUUAGAUAUCAAUGAGCAGAUUGCUCGUGGCAUGCUGAAGAACGGACUUGAAAGGGACACGCAGCAGUGCUGUGCUAAGAUCAAGGCAGAUGUACCAGAAGGCAUGGGAGGCCAACUGUUGCUCUGUUUUUGUUUCUUCCAGGAGAUCCAUGAUUCUAUAGCUGUAUCAUUAAAUAUGAAUACCAGCACUGCAAAAAGCAAUAGUCCAUUAGCUAGUACAGAACUUACGGACAAAAUGUUCUGUAAUCAAAACACUAAAAUAGUGAGCUCAGUAUUGCUCACUUCUAGUAAGAGCACUUUUAUAAAUUACCAGGAUGUAGACCUACCAAAAUGGGACUAUGCAGAGAGAAACUCAUCAGUACAAAGAAAGAAAAAUAAGAAUAGCGAAAAUAAUAAAAUCACCAGUCUUAAAAGGAAGCAGGAUAUAUCUACUUACUGCUCAUACAAAAUGGAACGGUGGUUACCACUGAAGGAAGAUGUUAAUUCACAUAAAACAAAGCAUGACUGGGCUUCCGAACAAGCAGAAAAAACAUUUUGUGAUAUCAGAAAUUUAGGACAUGAGGAAAAAAGCCAGUUAAUCACAACUAUAAAAGAGGCAGUAGCUGUGGUAGUUACUAUGGUAUUUCAAGAUGGUUCUUCACAGCUGAGCUCAGAUCAGGGCUUAGUCUCAUCAGUAAGAGGAAUUGUUAUGUUAAUAAAGAGACAGACAGACCAACUUUGUCCUUCCAGUGGCUCUUCGGUUGUUAAUCCAAUUGUUUGGGAUGCCUGUACCAGAAAUGAUAAGUUUAUUUAUUUAAAAAUAGAGCACUCUUCUGUUUGGGAGCAACAGGAACAGACUCAUAAGAAGUACAUCAGGGAAAUACUAUUUCAAAUACUACACUGUACUGUUGUUUGCUUCAAUGCAAAGGAUUUUUUGAGAACACUGCUUCAUGUUUAUGGUGAUGAUAUUAACUGGAAACAAGUGGCUGAUUGUGUUGUGUUAGAUCCAAGGAUUGCUGCAUGGCUGAUAAACCCCAGUGACACUGUCCCCUCUUUUGAAUAUUUGAUACAUAAGCAUUUUGAAAAGCCUGUCUCAGAGAGAACAGUGAAUAUGAAUGCAGAUUCCUUGAGAAAUACAUUGCACCAGAACUUGGUUCUAAACUUGAAGAUACUUUACAGUAUAAUGAUGGAUCUGGCUGAUGAAUUGCAGGUUCAAGGCUUGUGGAAACUCUUUUGCACUUUGGAGCUUCCCUUGAUAAAAAUUUUGGCAGUGAUGGAAACCCAUAAAAUACAUGUGAAUAAAGAAGAACUAAAAAGAACAUCAGAGAUUCUAGGGUUGCGAUUGAAAGAGCUUGAGCAGGAAGCCCAUCAAGCUGCUGGACAACAAUUCCUAUUGACCAGCAAUAGUCAGCUGAGAGAGGUAUUGUUCGAAAAACUAAAGCUCCAUAUGCUGUGUGAGAAAGUUCCCAGAACUGAGAUGCAGCAUCUUCAAUCCACUUCUGAAGUUGUGUUAAAUAAACUGCAAGAUCUUCAUCCAUUGCCUAAGAUAAUUUUAGAAUACCGACAGGUUCACAAGAUAAAGUCAACCUAUGUGGAUGGACUACUUUCAUACAUGAAAACGGGAUUUAUUUCAUCUACAUGGAAUCAGACAGGAACUGUAACUGGCAGACUUUCAGCUAAGCAUCCUAAUAUCCAAGGUAUCUCCAAGCAUCCAAUUCAAAUUAAGAAGCAAUAUGUAAAAGGAAAAGAAAAUGAAAUAGUAACUAUUUCUCCAAGAACAUUGUUUGUUUCAGCUAAAGGAUAUACGUUCUUAGCAGCAGAUUUUUCCCAUAUUGAAUUAAGAAUCCUUGCACACCUAUCCUGUGAUCCAGAACUUCUGAAACUAUUCCAAGAACCUGAAACCACUGAUGUGUUUACUACACUGGCUUCUCAAUGGAGGGGUAUUCCAAGUGAACAAGUGAAGCAUGCAGAUAGAGAACAGGCAAAGCGUGUUGUCUACUCAGUAGUUUAUGGAGCAGGUAAAGAACGUCUUGCCGGAUGUCUGGGAAUUACUGCUCUUCAAGCUGGUCAAUUUAUAGAGAGUUUUCUGGUGAAAUACAAAAAAAUUCAUGACUUUACAAAGAAAACCAUUGAGCAAUGCCACAAUGAAGGAUAUGUGGUUUCCAUCAUGGGACGUAAAAGACACUUGCCUAAUAUCAAUGCUCGAGACUACAGACUACGUGCUCAAGCAGAGAGGCAGGCUGUCAACUUUGUUGUCCAAGGAUCUGCAGCUGACCUUUGUAAAAUGGCUAUGGUUGAGAUUUUUACCUCUGUUGCCAUUUCUCCAACUUUAACAGCCAGGUUAGUAAGCGAUGUUCUUUUUCAUUUUAUGACAGAAGUAGCUGAAAUAAAGGCAUUUCUGGGAUUUUAUUCUUUAUUGUUCCAUGUAAUAUGA